UUUAGCAAGGAAAUCGCAUAUGGACAAUGUGCAAAAGCUUUGGUGAGAAAAUCCUCCAUUUCCUGUUACAGGCCUGCUAUAUCGGUCGUGUGAGAGUGCAGAUGAUCUCGAUCAAACCCAGAGGAGAUCAAAGUUCCUAUUGACAGUGAUUCGCCAGCUGUGAAAAUGAAUACCUCUCUAUAUAAAAUUCACUGUGCACAUCUUGUCACUGGGUAAAAAAUGCACAGUGCAAGAUAUAUCUGCACACUGGUUAUUACAAAUUAGAGGGGAGAUUACUACAAAUUAGAGGGGUAGUGGAGGGAAGGAGGGGAGACCUCCAGUGUCCCUGAUGCCCUCACCUACAAGAUGUGCAGCUUGUAACCCUGCACGUCAAUGAGCUGCAACUUGAAAUGGGUGAAUUCCAGGUCAUCCAGCAGUUGGAGGAGGUGAUAGAUAUGACACGAAGAGAGGUUAAAAAUGAGAAGGAAUUUGUCUCCAGGAAGCUCAAACACAGCACAACAGUUUUGCUGUCUCUGUCUAGAUAUUUAAGAAGUGGAGCGAGGGAUUCAAUCGAUCAUCCUUCCUGCUCAGACUGUGGGGAGAGAUUCACUCGGUCAUUUGACCAACUGGCAACCCGUCAUUUUACACAGGAGAAAGGCCUUUCACCUGCUCAGUCAGUGGGAAUGGAUUCACUCGGUUAUCACAAUUGAAGGUACAUCAGCAAGUUCACACUGGGCAAGGCCAUUCAACUGUUCUCUGUGUGAGAAGGGGUUCAGUCGGUCAUCCCACCUGUGGACACACCAGUCAGUUCACACCACACUGGGCAGAGGCUGGUCAUCUGCUGAAUUUCUGGGAAAGGAUUCACUCAGUCAUCUGACCUAAUGGCUCACCAGCGAGUUCACACUGGGGAGAAACCGUUCACCUGCUCAGUCUGUGGGAAAGGAUUUACACAGUCAUCUACCCUACUGGUACAUCAGCGAGUUCACACUGGGGAGAAGCCGUUCACCUGCUCGGAAUGUGGGAAGGGAUUUAAUCAGUCAUCCCAACUACAGAGACAUCAGCGAGUUCACACUGGGGAGAAGCCGUUCACCUGCACAGUCUGUGGGAAGGGAUACGCUGACUCUUCCACCCUGCAGAGUCAUCAGCGAGUUCACUCUGGAGAGAGACCGUUCACCUGCUCAGAAUGUGGGAAGGGAUUCACUGAUCCAUCCACCCUACAGAGUCAUCAGCGAAUUCACACUGGAGAGAAGCCGUUCACCUGCUCAGUCUGUGGGAAGGGAUUCACUCAGUCAUCCCACCUACGGAGUCACCAACGAGUUCAUACUGGGGAGAGGCCGUUCACCUGCUCAGUCUGUGGGAAGGGAUUCACUCGGCCAUUCCACCUACAGAGUCAUCAGCGAGUUCACACUGGGGAGAGGCCAUUCACCUGCUCAGUCUGUGGGAAGGGAUUCACUCAGUCAUCCGACCUACUGGUACAUCAGCGAGUUCACACUGGGGAGAAGCCGUUCACCUGCUCAGUCUGUGGGAAGGGAUUCACUCUGUCAUCUACCCUACUGGUACAUCAGCGAGUUCACACUGGGGAGAAGCCGUUCAAUUGCUCAGUCUGUGGGAAGGGAUUCACUCUGUCAUCUACCCUACUGGUACAUCAGCGAGUUCACACUGGGGAGAAGCCGUUCACCUGCUCAGUCUGUGGGAAGGGAUUCACUCGUUCAUCCCACCUACGGAGUCACCAGCGAGUUCACAGUGGGGAGAAGCCGUUCGCCUGCUCAGUCUGUGGGAAGGGAUUCACUCGGUCAUUCACCCUACAGAGACAUCAGCGAGUUCACACUGGGGAGAAGCCAUUCACCUGCUCAGUCUGUGGGAAGGGAUUCACUCGGUCAUUCACACUACAGAGUCAUCAGCGAGUUCACACUGGGGAGAGGCCGUUCACCCACUGAGAAUGUGGGAAAGGAUUCACUCAGUCAUUCCACCUACUGGCACACCUGUCAGCUCACAAUGGGGAGUGGCCAUUGUUAUGAAUCCCUAGGUUUUGUUUGCUGUGGACUGUCAUUUUAAGAGAGAGAGAGAGAGAGAGAGAGAUUAAGAAGGCAAAUCAGUCUGACUUGCAGCUUGUUUACAUCGUGUGCAGCUUGUUUAGUUUUAACCGAGGACACAGACACUCAGAGUCAGACGGAGACGAAGGAGGAAAAAUGGAAGGAUUGAAACCAGGGAACUAGUGGCCAAGGGUCACUGUUUGGAACUUUCCUUUGCCCACAAGGGUGGAUUCACCUUACAUCGAAUGUGUGGCUGUCACCUCAUUUGAUCCAUAGGAGUGGAUCUGAUUUGGGGUAUCCUGUGGAGACUACUUAUGUGUUAACCAUUGCCUGGCUGUGGUGUGGUAAUUCAUUAAGACGAUACCCCUUAUGACAAGUCACUUCGGGUGAUAAUUAGUAUGUGGAUUUGGAAGGAUGACAGAUAAAAUCUACAGUGACUGUUGGUCUCAUUUUACCACCAUGAAAACUGUGGAAUAUGACAUAAUUGCCUUCUCUCAACAUUUACCCUGGAUUACAAAUAUCUCUCUCUCAUCACCUAUUAUGUAGUUGAACUGAACUUUCAUACUUUACCAUCUCAAGACUCCAAGCCUUGUUUCCCCCGAGCUCAAUAGUUUGGGAGUUUUAGUUAUACACAUUUAUACACACAACACUCUCGAGGAAAUCUGCAGAUGCUGGAAAUUCAAACAACACACACAAAAUGCUGGUGGAACACAGCAGGCCAGGCAGUAUCUAUAAGAAGAACUGUUGAUGUUUCAGGCUGAGACCCUUCGUCAGGACUAACUGAAAGGAAAGAUACUAAGUGAUAUGAAGGUAGUGGGGGGAGGGUGAAAUACGAAAUGAUAGGAGAAGACCAGAGGUGGUGGGAUGAAGCUAAGAGCUGGAAAGGUGAUGGGCGAACAUGAUACAGAGCUGGAGAUGGGAGAGGACCAUUGGACAGGAGGCCUCGGGAGAAAGAAAGGUGGGGGGAAGCACCAGAGAGACAUGGAAAACAGGCAAACAAUUAAAUAUGUCAGUGAUGGGGCAAGAAGUGGAAGAGGGGCAUUAACGGAAGUUAGAAAAGUCAAUGUUCAUUCCAUCAGGCUACCCAGCCAGUCUAUAAGGUGUCGUUCCUCCAACCUGAGUUUGGAUUAAUUUUGACAGUAGAGGAGGCCAUGGAUAGACAUAUCAGAAUGGGAAUGGGACGUGGAAAUGAAAUGUGUGGCCACUGGGAGUAGUCUGUUGCUGCUGGUUCGUUUCUAAAGCGUUACGGUUUGUAACAAAAUGGGGCCUGUGUCUGGGAUAGGAACAAAUUUAAGGAUUGAUUUAAUAUCGAUUUCAUUGGGGAAAUCCCUUUUGAUUUAUUUGUGUGUGGAAAAUCAGCAGCAAUGGAUGUUGAUAGAUAUCUGGAACCUCUCCGGCAUUAGAGGACACCAGAAGGAUUGAGUUGUUGAGUAUUGCUAAAAUGUUAAUAAUCGCUCAGGUGAAAUUGACAAUGAGGAGGGCACAGCUGCAGACGAUAAUAGCUGAACAUUAUGUAUCUGAGGGUGUGUUUAAAGUGGAGGAGUUGGAGUUUCCUGAAAGUAAACCUCGUGAGCUUGAGCUCCCGUAGAAGUUAGAACAAUUAAAGAUGGAGGCUCCGGAAAGGCAGAGGCAGUUUCAGGCUGGAGAGGCAGAAAAGCAGAAAGAAAAGUUCUCUUACAAAGUGUAAUUAAGGGGAAGGCUUAGCAAGCCUAUUCUGCUUUGACAGUUGCUGAAGCAGCUGAUUAUUUACUUAUUUAUGCUGCCCCAGUCAUCGCCACUGGGCUAUAAAUGUGCAGGAGCAGUGUGUGGUUCAGUGCUUUGCUCAAGGACACACACGCUGCCUCGGCUGAGGCUCGAACUCAUGACCUUCAGAUCGCGAGUUCAACACCUUAACCACAUGGCCACGUAUUAUGACCACAUAUUAUGACAUAGUGAAACAGGCUGUGCUCAAAGCUUACGGGUUGGUCCCAGAAGCAGACAGGCAAAAGUUUAGAAAUUUAAAGAAAUCUGUGAACCAGAUAUACGGAAUUUGCUUAUGAGAAAUUUGUGUCUAUUGACUACUGGUCCACAUCUGAACAUGUAAAUGAUGAUUUUAACAGCUUGAGAGAGUUGGUUUUAAUUGAAGAAUUCCGAAGGUGCGUCCCUGAUGACAUAAAGAUGUAUUUAGAUGGAAAUGAUGCUGCCACUCCGCAGGAAUCUGCUGGAUUAGCAGAUCAGUUUGCUUUAACUCAUGAAGUUAUGUUUACCCUGAAUAAGAGUUUCCAAAAGGCACUUGUCAAGUUGUGGGUAAACCUAAUGAGCUCACCCCAGUGGCCUGUACCUGCAUUCGGUGAACCCUUUUCCAAAGUUAUAGUGGAUUGUGUUGGCCCAUUGCCAAAGACUAAAGCUGGCCAUCAGUAUCUGCUAACUAUUAUGUGUACUACAUCCAGAUUCCCAGAGGCAAUGCCUCUCAGAAAUAUUAAAGCUAAAACUGUGGUGAAGGCUCUUACCAAGAUUUUCACUUUAUUCGAUUUGUCUAAAGAAAUACAGUCUGAUCAAGGAUGUAAUUGUAUAUCUGCAUUAUUCAAGCAGGUAGUUUAUGAAUUGGAAGCAAAACAGAUUGCAUCAUUUGCAUACCAUCCGGAACCAGAAGGGGCUUUAGAAAGAUUUCAUUCUACCCUCAAAACAAUGAUUAAGACAUAUUGUGUUGAAAAUGGAAAAGACUGGGAUGAAGGAAUAUAUUUGCUUUCGUCCACAGAAAGAGAGUCAGUACAGGAAUCACUGGGCUUUACUCCAUUUGAGCCCUUUGAUCUUGUUAAAGGUACAGUAGAUUGAUGGGGAUGUACAUGUUAACUUGUUAGACUGUGUUUUGAAGUCCAAAAAUAAACUAUACCAAGCCUGUAGUCCAGCGAGACAAAACUUAAAGAUUUCUCAAAACAAAAUGUUGGUUUGAUAACAGCGCUCGAGAAAGAAAAUACCAGGUGGGGGAUAAGGUGCUUGCCUUAUGUUGACGAAUCCACUUCAGGUGAAAUUCAAUAGACUGUAUGAAAUAGUCUCCCAAAUUAAUGAUGUGAAUUAUGUUAAUAAAACACCGGGCUGAUGUUAACUAACACAGGUGGUUAGAAGGUUUCUGGGAAUGGAUGGAUAUUACCGUAAGAACUUUGCUGCUAUCGCUCUUCCUCUGACCAAUCUCCUGAAGAAGGGUGAAAAGUUUGUUUGGACCGAGCCUUGUCAGAAGGCAUUUGAUUGAUUGUUAUCAGUAUUUCAGAUUAGGCCAAUCAAUGUACUGCUGUCAGCAAAAUUUAAUUAGCAGAUUGGAGCUGUGGGUGGCAACACAAGUCAUGGGUGCACAGAGAGUAAAGGAGAAGGCCAAAGAGACAACCCUGUGGGGUAUGUGUGCUGAGGGUCAGAGAGACAGAGGAGAGGGAGCCCACUCUUACCACCUGCUGGCGAUCUGACAGGAAGUCCAGGAUCCAGCGACACAAGGCAGGGUGAAGGCCGAGGUCUCUGAGCUUCUUGUGGAUACUUCACGCAUUCAUAUGGCUACUGCUCUGCCCAUGACUGCAAGGGACUGCAAGGAACUGCAGAGAACAUCAGAGAAACAAGCCUCCCCUGCAUGGACUCUUCCUACACUUCCCCUGCCUCGGAAAAGCAGGCCAUGUACUCAAAGAUCCUCACAACCACAGACAUUCUUGCUGCAAACCUGCUCUCCCAUUGGGAAGAGAUACAAAAGCCUUAAAGUGCGUAACACCAGGCUGAAGGACGGCUUCCUGUCUGCAGUUAUAAGCCAAAUGAAUGAUAAAAUGGACUCAACCUCACAAUGUAACUGGAUGUGACCCUGCACCAUAUGUCCAUCUGCACCGCACUUUCUCUGCAGCCAUAAUGCUUUGUUACAGUGAUUAUUUUGAUGUAUAUCAGCUCAGUGUACAGUUGAAAUGUAUCCAUCUGUCUGGAUGGUAUGUCAGGCAAGAUUUUCACUGUAGCUCAGUACAUGAUGAUAAUAAACCAAUUCCCCAGUUUAAUUGUGUGGAAAUAUUAGACAGACUGAGCUUCUGCUCUGGAACCACAGAAGGAAACUGAACUGUUGUAAUUUCUGUGGAAAGCAAAUAUAUGGAAAAUGCUUCAAUCUCACAUUACGAUCUGCAGUAACUGGGAUCAGGUGACCGGUGGUGGGUCUCCCAGAUCAAUAUCAGAAUCAAGUU